AUGCAAACAGAUAGUAGAAGAAAUAGUGCAAGGUAUUAAUAAAGACCUCCAUCAAAUCAAUAAAAUGAAUCUUUUCAAGCCAGUUUGUAAGAUCCAACUUAUGGAUAGUAUGAGUAUGACCAAAAUCCUUAUGGUAAUAACUCUAGUGGAGGCAAAAAAAGAAAUUUCAAUAAAUAAAAUAAUAGAGGCAGUGGAGGCAAUAGCUACAGAUCUAAUUAGUAAUAGCAUAUAAAUGAUAGUCUCCCAAUAGCUUAAUAUGAUAAAGAUAGAUUGAACAUCAUCAUUCAUUCUGAUCCCAAAACAAAAAAAGAAACUGUAGUUAUAAUUAAGAGAACAAUAAAAUCUUUUGUGUAUCAUGCUGAUGACUACUACAGAGAUAAAGGUUCUAAAAGAAAUAAUUACAUUAAUCAAGAGAUAGACAAACCCGGAGAUAGAGAUCUUAAUAAAUUUUACAAAAAUAGGUAUUACUUAUUUAGCAAAUUUGACAGAGGAAUAAAAAUAGAUGAAGAGAGUUGGUUUUCAAUUACACCUGAGACAAUAGCAAAACAUGUAGCAAGUAGAGUUGUUGAUGUUUUCGGAGAAGGUAAUGCAAAUAUCAUCGAUGGGUUCUGUGGUGUUGGUGGAAAUGUAAUACAAUUUGCCAGGAAGUGCGGAUUCACUGUAGGCAAUGAUUUUGAUUAAACUAAAAGCGAAUAUUGUCUUCAUAAUGCUAAGAUCUAUGGUGCAGAGAAAAAACUAUAAAUCCUGAACAAAGAUUUUAGAGAGAUGAAAUUGGACGAUAUCUAAUAUCCUUAAGAUUCUGCAUCUAAAAUCGAUGUGGUUUUUAUGAGUCCACCAUGGGGAGGGAUUGGUUAUAAUCUGCUAGAAGAGUACAAAUUGGAAUAUCUUUACCCUAAAUUCAAUGAUAUUCUGCUCACUGCCUUAAGAUUUUCAGGAAAUUUAAUAUUCUUUUUGCCUAAAAAUACAUCAAUCAAAGAGAUUUUAGAUGAGUUUGUUCCACAUGGUCAAGAGUUCAACGAAUAUUCGGAUUCUAUGAAAAAUGAGCUCAUAAUUGAAAUUGAACAAAUAAUGUAUGGAGAAUCAUGCAAGGGAAUUCACAUAUAUACAGGAUAGUUAGUUCAUAUAGAUUAGAGGGAAAUGGUUGAGCAUUUUUACAAUAAUUAUUGUCAUCCCUUUUCUUAGUCAGAUGAAACUUAUUUAAAAGUAAUUCUUGGCAACAUAUUUUCUCUUUGUGGAUAUAAUCACUUCAUUGAGUAUUUCAAAUACAAAGAAGGACCAAAAGUCUCACUUUAAAAGAUAAUAAAGAAACUCUAAAAGAACUUUUCAGAAGAUGAGUGGAACUAUCUAAAGAAAUAUCAUAAGCGUAGCAGAACUAGUUCAUUUAAAUCUUCUACUCUUAGUCAUAUGUCAAUAGAUGAAGAGAAAAAAUCAACAAAGAGCGAAACAUUAUCUCAUGCAAGUGGCUAAAAGAGUUCAGCUUGUUCCUCGAGAAAGACAUCAUUUACUAAGAAAAAAUCAAAAGCUGAAAAACUAACAUAAAAGUAUAAAGUUGGCAAUGAUCAUAUGGAUGAAGACUUACCAGAGGAAGAAGAAGAUGAAAGUCCUAAAGACACUAAUAAAAAGAAAGAAAGAAUGGUCCAUUUUGAAGAAGCUCAAGAUCAUAUCGAGUUAAAGGACUUGAAAGAAAAGGAUUUUGUAGACUUGAUUGCUUCAAAAAAUUAAGACACAAGAUUCUACGGUUGGCUUCAUUUUGGACCUCUUGACAAUCAUAAGGAGAAAAGUACUGAUCCAAUUCAGGAUUUGGAAUUCUUUGAUAACAUAUAUGGUUAUCAAAAUAACCAAUGA